AUGGAUCAGCCUCCUUCGCAGGCCGUCUCUAGUUACCACCACCCGGGCCAGGGCGAGUAUUUCCGUUCACGGCGCGUCAAGCCUGAAGAUGUCCAGCAGCCGUGGCUCAAGAAGAAGCAUCCGCGGCAGAUAUGGGUUACUAUAUUUCCCCUUACCGGUCUCUUUCUGGGUUUGAUCGUAACGGGUAUUCUGAUCUGGGAUGGAAUCAGGGCUGUUGCGCAGCACGAGUACUGCGAGGUGCUGAACGAGAAUUUCACUACUUGGAAUGACAACAUCUGGGCCAAGGAGGUCGGCCUCGGUGGCUUUGGUAAUGGCCAGUUCGAAAUGACGACUGCCUCUGAUGAGAAUGUCUUCAUUGAGAACAAUGAGCUCGUCAUCAAGCCUACUCUCCAGAAGGAGGAGUACAUGAUGCAGAACCACGUCAUUGAUCUUCGCGGCCACGGUUGUAACGGUCCCGCCUGGACUGAUUGCGUUGCAGCUACCAAUAUAACCAACGGCACCAUUGUCAAUCCUGUCAAAUCCGGCCGCAUCAGCACCAAACCCGGCGCCUCGAUCAAGUAUGGCCGCGUGGAAGUCGUUGCCAAACUGCCUGCUGGCGAUUGGCUCUGGCCAGCUAUUUGGAUGCUGCCCAGAGACAAUGUGUACGGCCCUUGGCCCCGCUCGGGCGAGAUUGACAUUAUGGAAUCGCGUGGCAAUGCGCCUGGGUAUCCUCAGGGCGGGAACAACAUCGUUUCCAGCACGCUGCACUUUGGCCCUGACUCCAACCACAACGGCUGGUGGCGCAACAACGUCAAGCGAAAGGCAUUGCAUACGACAUAUGCAGCAGGCUACAACACCUUUGGUGUAGAGUGGUCUGAAAAGUACAUCUUCACCUACAUCAACACUCGUCUCCUGCAAGUCAUGUACACGCACUUUGACCAGCCUUUCUGGGACUACGGUGGCUUCCCGCUCGCCGACGCCAACGGCACGCGUCUGAACAAUCCCUGGGAGCACACCAAAAGCAACACGUCGCCCUUUGACCAGGACUUCUAUCUCGUCCUCAACGUGGCCGUCGGCGGCACAAACGGCUGGUUCGAGGAUGGCAAGGGCGGCAAGCCCUGGAUCGACAAGAGUCCCCGUGCCAAGCUCGAUUUCUGGGAGGCAAAGGAUUACUGGCUGCCUACGUGGAAGGAUGGAGCUGCAAUGCGUGUCAAGAGCGUGAAGAUGUGGCAACAGAGUGGGCACAACGGGUGCAAAGCUUGA